AUGCUUUAAGAAGAUGAUUCAGUGAGUUAGAUGAAGUAAUCCUAUGAUAAAUUCUUUGAGUAGAAUCAUGCCAAAUUAGCUUAAUUCAAUGUGUUAAGAGCCAACGAUAAAUUAGAAGAUUCCUUAUUGGUUAAUCAUCUCAAAAAAGACUAACUAUAUAUUUAAGAUGUCCAAGAUCGUUAAGUUUGCCCCGUUUUUUUCCUCAGUGGAUGCUCAAGUUUAGCCAAUACCUUCUCCACUAAAAAUGGGUUUUAUUAACCUUAAAAUCAUGUACUUUAAAAAUUGUUUUAAUAUGAUUGUCAAUUCGCUCAGGGUAUUUCUUGGGUUGGUACGACUAAGUAUUUGGACUAUGUGAAUUUCAAGAUUAUCAAAGAAUGGAUUAUGAAUGAAAGUGCUAAUAAUGACUAUGAUUAUAAUUUGAUUAGGAUUAUUCAAAGUUCAUUAUAAUCAUAUAUGGAAAAGAAGAAAGUAAAAUAAAAUGAAACUGAAAUGUACUAUAUUUUUGGAUGUAAUUUUGUGAAUUAUGGAAUUAUCCCAAGUAUAUAAUGA